CUCUGAACUAUUUAAGGAAAUUACGCUCGAGCGGAGGAGGCGCAGGCAGGCCAGCGUGCAGCCGCUGCUGCAGCGGGGGGGAUCCAGGGGGUACAUCGCUGCCGCCGGGACGGGAGGAGACCCCCCCGCUCCUCCCCCACGCAGCGCAGCGCUGCAGACCCGGGGCCAUAGAACGGGGAUCUGCUUUUCGUCAUUGGCAACCCAAGCUGGAUUCAAGCUGGUGAUCAAGGAGCAGGGUAAGUCCCUAACCCAGGGGGCAAUUCCACUCAGCAGCAUGACAAGCGAGGUGGUGGAGGAUGAGAUGGAAUUUUAUUCCAAGGCUGAGAAAUACUGGAAGGACGUGCCGCCCACGGUGGAUGGGAUGCUGGGUGGGUACGGCCACAUCUCCAGCAUUGACAUCAACAGCUCCAAAAAAUUCCUGCUUAAGUUCCUUCGGGAUGGUCCUAACAGGACGGGAACCACCUGUGCCCUGGACUGUGGGGCUGGGAUCGGCAGGAUCACCAAGAGGCUGCUGUUGCCUCUCUUCAAAGCAGUGGACAUGGUGGAUGUGACUGAGGACUUCCUGACCAAGGCGAGGACCUACCUGGGAGAAGAGGGCAGGCGAGUGAGGAACUACUUCUGCUGCGGCCUGCAGGACUUCAGCCCCGAGCCCAACUCUUAUGACGUCAUCUGGAUCCAGUGGGUAAUAGGACACCUGACUGACGACCACCUGUCUGACUUCCUGAAGAGAUGCAAGGUUGGCCUGCGCCCCAAUGGCAUCGUUGUCAUCAAGGACAACAUGGCCCAGGAGGGAGUCAUCAUGGACGAUGUGGACAGCAGCGUGUGCCGGGACCUGGACGUGGUGCGGAUGAUCGUCCGGCGUGCAGGCCUCAACCUCCUGGCUGAAGAAAGGCAAGAGAACUUCCCUGACGAAAUCUACCACGUCUAUACAUUUGCCAUGAGAUGAACCCGGGCUGGGAAAGGCUGUUUACCAAAAGGUACCACUGUGCCAGCUCAGAGCAAAGGACCAGCCCAGCAGGCCCUUUCUGGGGGGACCAGGAGGACACCUAUCGUGCAGUCCAGACACUUCACGGUUAAAAUUCGGGGUGGGGUGGGGUGUCCUGAAUAACCCUGCUGGGGUUGGCUGGAAAGAUCGGGGCGGGUCUUCUGCGUUGCUGCUAUUUGUGAGAAAAGACAGCUGCCAAAUACACUCUCCUGCUGUUGCACCUCUG